GGCGCUCCGCGAGCCCGUCUCUCCUCGAAUGAAAGGAAACAACCUCCGGCGACAGAGCCCCGCUCUUAGGCACUGCUGGAGAACCGAGACCGACUUCUUUCUCUUUCCCCUCAUUGGCGCUUCCCUCCUGCCGUCCGCCUCUGGGCCCGGCUGCAUUUCUUGAGACUUAAAGUGGCAUUCUAAAGGCAAUUUAAAAAUCAUGUCAAGCUCAAUUGAACAGAAAAAAGGGCCUACAAGACAGCGCAAAUGUGGCUUUUGUAAGUCAAAUAGAGACAAGGAAUGUGGACAGUUGCUAAUAUCUGAAAACCAGAAGGUGGCAGCACACCAUAAGUGCAUGCUCUUUUCAUCUGCUUUGGUAUCAUCACACUCUGAUAAUGAAAGUCUUGGUGGAUUUUCUAUUGAAGAUGUCCAAAAGGAAAUUAAAAGAGGCACAAAGCUGAUGUGUUCUUUGUGCCAUUGUCCUGGAGCAACAAUUGGUUGUGAUGUGAAAACAUGUCACAGGACAUACCACUACCACUGUGCAUUGCAUGAUAAAGCUCAGAUUCGAGAGAAACCUUCACAAGGAAUUUACAUGGUGUAUUGUCGAAAACACAAGAAAACCGCACAUAACUCUGAAGCAGCUGAUUUAGAAGAAAGUUUUAAUGAACAUGAACUGGAGCCUUCAUCCCCAAAAAGUAAAAAGAAAAGUCGCAAAGGAAGACCAAGAAAAACUAAUUUUAAAGGGCUGUCAGAAGAUACAAGGUCCACAUCUUCCCAUGGAACAGAUGAAAUGGAAAGUAGUUCCUAUAGAGAUAGGUCUCCACACAGAAGCAGCCCUAGUGACACCAGGCCUAAAUGUGGAUUUUGUCAUGUAGGGGAGGAAGAAAAUGAAGCAAGAGGAAAACUGCAUAUAUUUAAUGCCAAGAAGGCAGCUGCACAUUAUAAGUGCAUGUUGUUUUCUUCUGGCACAGUCCAGCUCACAACAACAUCGAGAGCAGAAUUUGGAGAUUUUGAUAUUAAAACUGUACUUCAGGAGAUUAAGCGAGGAAAAAGAAUGAAAUGUACACUUUGUAGUCAGCCCGGUGCUACUAUUGGAUGUGAAAUAAAAGCCUGUGUUAAGACCUACCAUUACCACUGUGGAGUACAAGACAAAGCUAAAUACAUUGAAAAUAUGUCACGAGGAAUUUACAAACUGUAUUGUAAAAAUCAUAGUGGAAAUGAUGAGAGAGAUGAAGAAGAUGAGGAACGAGAGAGUAAAAGCCGGGGAAAAGUAGAAACUGAUCAGCAACAACUAACUCAGCAGCAACUUAAUGGAAACUAGGUUCAUGGGACAGAGUUAGAAAACUGGGAAUGAAUAAGACAUCUAUAACUACUAUUCUUUUUUCAAUGUUUUCUAAAAUCAAAAAGGGUUUGUAACUUUUUACUGCCCAACUCUUAGAUCCUUCAUUGAACUGCCUAAAAACAUCUUGUUUGUUUUAUGAGCCUUCACUAGACGGCGAGUUUGACAUGUUGGUAUUACGUAGAUGUAGUUUGCAGUCUCUGGGAAGCAAUUGAAACACUAUUAACCCUGUGUAUAGUGUCAACAGUUAAAGCAGACAUUGAAAUGAAGUAAGUUAUAUUUCUGGACUGAACAAAGGUCUACUGUUUAGAGUGUUUAAGUUUGUUUAGUGAAUUCAUGCUCAAGGGAAACUAUAAGCAAAUUUUACUUUACAAUGCAAACAUGCCAUUGGUGGCAACACAUGGUAAUUUGUGGAUUUUUUUUUUCACACUCAAGUAAUGGAGGCUAGAAAUGAAGAGAACCUUCUUUUUCUCUUGGCUUUGACAGCACAUGCUAAAAAUCUCUUCCAAGAAGUGUGCUGAAGCUUUUCAUUUGGUUCCUGUUAACGUUGUUCUCACUGACCAGCAUGGACUCGGGCAACUGGUGAUUAUAAGCUAUGAGCUCCAGUGCUUAUGCCAAAAUUCUCUCGACAAUACACUUCUUCUCUUUCCAUGUCAUACAAAGAGCUUCUGGCAAAGUGAUUGAAUCCUUUCACGUUUAAACUAAUAUUUGGCAACAGCAAAUUAAACCUCUUUCAGAUUUAAGGGGUUACUACUCGCUAAGGACUUUAGACACCAUGUCUGAAACCCAUUCCUCCCAAGUGCCCUGUUGUGUGAACACUUCACAUAUUGGCCCAAAGUAUGUAAGGAGGUCUCGUGUGUUGUAAGAGUAAAAACAGUCUUUGCAUAAAACAGUAUUUAUUUUUAAUUUUGUGACCACUAUUUUAGAAACUUUAUUUAAUAUUUGUAAUGUUUUCAGUCAUUGCUUUUGUUAUCUAUUAAAUAGGCUUUUGGGCCCUGCAUUUUUUCUGGCAGGGCUCAGUGUUCUUUUAUUCAUCAUCACAAUUGUUGAUGAAAGCCUAAGAACCCAGCUUUUUAGAAAGGAUUUUUACACUGGCAUUUCUAGCUAGUGAUAUUUUCUUCCACUUCUCUGCUGAAGCACAUUUAUAUAUUUCUUUAUGGCAAAACCAAAAAAAAAAAAAACCUUUAGUUGUGGUC